CGGGCCGCGCCCCGGGGUCCCGCACUGACGGCCCAUGGCGCCGCCCGCCGCCCGCCUCGCCCUCCUCUCCGCCGCCGCGCUCACGCUGGCGGCCCGGCCCGCGCCCAGCCCCGGCCUCGGCCCCGGACCCGAAUGUUUCACAGCCAAUGGUGCAGAUUAUAGGGGAACGCAGAACUGGACAGCACCACAAGGCGGGAAGCCAUGUCUGUUCUGGAACGAGACUUUCCAGCAUCCGUACAACACUCUGAAAUACCCCCACGGGGAGGGGGGCCUGGGCGAGCAUAACUAUUGCAGAAACCCAGAUGGAGAUGUGAGCCCCUGGUGCUACGUGGCAGAGCACGAGGACGGUGUCUACUGGAAGUACUGCGAGAUACCUGCUUGCCAGAUGCCUGGAAACCUUGGCUGCUAUAAGGAUCAUGGAAACCCACCUCCUCUAACUGGCGCCAGUAAAACAUCUAACAAACUUACCAUACAAACCUGCAUCAGUUUUUGUCGGAGUCAGAGGUUCAAGUUUGCUGGGAUGGAGUCAGGCUAUGCUUGCUUCUGUGGAAACAAUCCUGAUUACUGGAAGUACGGGGAGGCAGCCAGUACUGAGUGCAACAGUGUCUGCUUCGGGGAUCACACCCAGCCCUGCGGUGGUGAUGGCAGGAUCAUCCUCUUUGACACUCUUGUUGGCGCCUGUGGUGGGAAUUACUCGGCCAUGACUUCAGUGGUCUAUUCUCCUGACUUUCCUGACACCUACGCCACGGGGAGGGUCUGCUACUGGACCAUUCGGGUUCCAGGAGCCUCCCACAUCCAUUUCAACUUCACCUUAUUUGACAUCAGGGAUUCUGCAGACAUGGUGGAGCUGCUGGACGGCUACACCCACCGUGUCCUGGUCCGUUUCAAUGGAAGGAACCGCCCACCUUUGUCCUUUAAUGUCUCUCUGGAUUUUGUCAUUUUGUAUUUCUUCUCUGAUCGCAUCAAUCAGGCCCAGGGAUUUGCUGUCUUGUACCAAGCCAUCAAGGAAGAACCGCCGCAGGAGAGGCCCACUGCCAACCAGACGCUGGCCGAGGUGAUCACGGAGCAGGCCAACCACAGUGUCAGCGCUGCCCGGUCCUCCAAAGUCCUCUACGUCAUCACCACCAGCCCCAGCCACCCGCCCCAGACCGUCCCAGGUAGAUGGACCGUGUAUGGCCUGGCAACUCUCCUCAUCCUCACAGUCACAGCCAUUGUAGCAAAGAUACUUCUGCACAUCACAUUCAAAUCCCAUCGCGUUCCUGCUUCAGGGGACCUUAGGGAUUGUCGUCAGCCAGGGACGUCGGGGGAAAUCUGGAGCAUUUUUUAUCAGCCUGCUACUUCAAUUUCCAUCUUUAAGAAGAAGCUCAAGGGUCCGAGUCAACAAGAUGACCGUAAUCCUCUUGUGAGUGACUAAAGCUGCCCUGGGCCCAGGACACAGGGUCCCUCAGAGCUCAAGGCCCCCGGGGACCACCUCUCCUGUGGUUGCCUCUGGCCAGCUCUUCCCUGCCUCUCUCUCGGCCUCUUCUGGGGUGCGCUCCUGCAGACGGGGAAGGGGUGCUCUGCUGCAGGGACAGACGCAGCCUGGAUUCGUCUUCCCUCAUCAGCUGCUCUUAGGAGAGAGACUCAAGGUCCCGGGUCCAGGCCCUCCUGCGCCUCUCUCUCUCUUGUCUAGGAAUGGGGGUGUCAGGAUGGUGGGGCUGAGAUGACAGCGAUGGUUGUGUGCGGCACUGGGUUCAGGUACAUUCUAGACAACGUCAGGUGGUGGGUAGGGGUAGUGUAUGUUGAGGCUUGCUUGCUUCUCUGCUUUGUCCACACACAGAUCACUUUCUCCUGGUCUUUAUGGUUUGGAACAGGGCCAGACAGGGAGAAUUCUGAGGUUCUCUCGAGGGUUGGCCUGGUUCUCUACUCCUGGGCAUUAGCACCCCCAAAGCCCUAAAGGGGGCCCACGCUCUGUGCUGACUCAGAGGCUUUGCUCUCUGGGGGCUAGAUGAGGAUGGGCCUCCUCCACCCUGGGAGGGCCUGAGAAUUGGGCCUGGUGACCCCCAUUCAUGUCACACGUGACACCUUCCACAUUCGGGCUUCUUUCUGGAGCUUCUUUCCAUAGCGCACUGACGAGCAGAGCAAGCUUGAAGAGCGGUCAUAUAAAGCAUCCAUUCAUUUAUUCACGCAGCAGACUUCACUGCAAACUCUUCUAGGUGCUCAGCAGCUCCUCGUUGGAUUGGAUGUGUCUGGCCUUGCACCCGAGCAGCUCGUGGUCCUGUGGAAGCUGAGCCAGGCCCCUGUCUCUCCCUGAUUCUCUAAAUUGACUCUCAGUUCAGAACGGGGAGUAUAAAUAUCAUGGUUUAUGUAGCAUUUAGGCAGCAUUGUGUGAGACAGGGUGCCAGCAGUCCCUCCUUGGGUGUCCCUCCUUUUAGAAUAAGAUGAAAAGUGCCCCACGGCCUGUGUUCUCUGCAGCCUUCUCUGCGCUUCUUGUGGGGACAGCGUGGGGUCUAGAAUGGCCUGUGGGGAAGGAGAGGGCUCCUGUCCGUGGGCCCACACCACCCUGCCCCUCAGACAGGCAGGCGAAUCACAGAGGUGGCGUGAGGCGAAGGGGGUGGUUUGGGAACUGGAGACCCUCGCGGAUGGGCCUCCUAAGACUGAGAGCUGCGGCCGCAGUGGCCCCCGGUUGUGAGUCAGUGCCGUCUCCACUGCAGAAGUCCCCACCGCCCGAAUGCAGGCUUUGUCCACAGCAGCUGAGAAAGCAGCCAGUGCCUCUGACGGCCGGGCCUGAGCCUGUGUCAGAAAAUGGCUCUCCGAAAGGCCUCGGGCCCUGGGCCUUGCUGUGCCUCUGGCCUAACAGGUUUCCUCUUAGAGCACUUUGCCUACCUCCCCCGGUCCCUAAGCCACUGCCUGCUGCUGCUCCUGUGCACCGGCAACCUGUCUGUGCCUCGCCACUCCCAGAAAGAUGGACUGCCGUGUGGGGCCAGCUGGGAGGUGUCUGCAGGGAGAGGUGACACUCAGCAACCAGGAGAGAUGCUAGGAGCUGGAAGGCAGGGGCAUUCAGGGGAGGGAAAUGGGGCAGGGGUACUCCCCCAGGCACUGUACAAGGCCUGGAGCAGGCAUGGAACUGCUUGGUGCUAUCUCCAUGCUUUGAUCUGGAAAGGGUGAUUACCCUGGAGCAGCUGUCCGCAGGCCCCUGGGGCUGGAGACAAGCCUGUCCCGUACAAAGACCACUGACAUGUGCAGUCUCCCCUCCCAGCUAUUCCUGGCUUUGGUGGAAUCUCCUCACAAACACAAGUGUCAGGUGUGUGCAGUCACAAAGGGCCCUGUGCUGUGAAUAGAUCCUUUCGCAGCACAAAGGGAAUGUGGAAUUUGGCAAAGAGUUCACCCAGCUGAGGGGCAGUUGUUCAGCUGCCCAGGGCUUACUCUGAUCACUGGCUUUCAGGGCAGCCCGUGGGCCCACCCGCCCAUCCUGCCCACCGCACACCUCGGGUCACGGUGUGUUGUCUGAGCCUGCAGCCCUUUCUCAGCGGUCCCAGAAGUGCUGGUGAUGCCCCGGUGCUCUCCUUCCGGCCGGCCCUGGCACAGCCCUCUGCCGCCAGGAUCAGCUUACUGUCCAGGGAGUGGCCAUGGGAAACCCAAACCUGGCUCAGGACAGUAUGGGAGGAGAUGGCCAUAAAUUGUCCUAGGCUGAGCCUCCAUAAACGCCUGGGCCACAUUCUGGCCGUGGCCUUGGUUGGAACCUGUCAGCAACACCCCACACAGGGUCCCUGGUGGCUAAGUAAACUCCUGAGAAAUAAAUUGUCCCAGAAGAGAUGAGGCGUGCUUCUAAGAGCACUGAAAGAGGAAGCACUUGAUCUUUUAACAAACUGCUUUAGAAGAGAGAAAGUGGGGGUUGGAAGUUACUGGAAAGGGUGAUCCUGAGAAAAGAACAUUACAGAUCACAUAGCAGAAGAUUAUGAACCAGGAAGGGGAAGGGCUUUGGGGACCACGUUGGAUGUUGGUUCUGAAAGCAUUCUGCCCACGGCCUCUGCCCCGAGGUGACAGAGGGGAGGAGGCUGCAGGCAGACCCCUCGAGGCCUGUGUGUCCUCCUCAUCCCCUCACUGCGGGUUCCCAGGCCCUGCCUUCUCAGCGUGUGUCCCAGUGGGCAGCUGAUCUUCUUGCCUCCCAUGGUGAAUGUGCUUUGGCCAGCUGUGAACCUGGUCUCUUAGCCGUGUUUCACAGUGUGCUUGUCCCCUCUAGAAGGCACUCAGUGCCCUGUGUUCUUCCUCAAGUGUCCAGUUGCUUGCAGAGCAGAGAAAGAGGAGGGAUGAGCCCCGGGGUGCCUUCCCCCCCAUCCCCCAUGCCGGAACAGGGUUGAGGCCUCCCUCUUGGUGUCAGCAAGGUAACGUGGUUGCUGUAACUUCUGAAGUAUGGGCUCUGACUCAAGACUCCAACUGGCCAGAAACCCACAGAGAUCAAAGCACUAGCAAGUACAGCUGUCCUGGCCCUUAGGCCAAACUCCUGAGGUGUGUCUGGGCACGGCCCCACCCACACACUCCAUUGUCAGCCCAAGGCAGGAGUCUGACCCAGCUCAGGAUCCCGCCAGGCCAUCCUGAUAGCAACGGGGUAUGCAGGCCAUUACCAAGCCCCCAUGUGUCCUGGGCACUUAAUCUUCACGAGCACUUAUAAGUGGACGGCCUCGGAGAUCCUGUCUCCUUGCCUCCUGAGGCCGCCCCAGGUCUCCCACCCAGGCGGGCCAGCACCCCCCUCCACAGCCCAGUCAGCUGGCACCUCUUGGGUUUCGAAUCCCCUGCUUGGUGUUUGAUGUCUGCUUUUGUUACUACCUUGGGAAUUUUUAA